AUGGCCAGCAGCUUCCUUUUUCUUAUUCACUUCUUGCUCUUAGUGUUCUUUCCUCCAAACCUUGAAGCAACUCAAGAAGCAGCUCAAGAAGGUGAGCGCAGGGUAUUCAAUUUCAGGUGCGGUUACAAUGGGCCAUCAAUCGGAUUCCCAUUCUGGGUUAAAGCUUUCCACCCAGAUCGCUACCGCUCUCCUGGGUUCGGGCUAUCCUGUGAUAAGAACAAGCAAACAGUCCUUGAUCUUCCCUUUUCUGUGAAGCUAUUUGUCAAGAAAAUUGGCUAUAAAUCUCGAGUUAUUCGAUUGUAUGACCCAGAUGGCUGCGUUCCGGCAAAGCUUCCAUACCUCAACUUGUCUGCCUCCCCUUUCCAGUUCAAUGAAAUAGACUCAUAUAAUUUCUAG